AUGAAAAUCACAUUUGCACUCCUUUUGUUGAGCUCGCUUACCAUCAAUGCAGCUCCAAUUGCAGAACGAGGUUAUCCAAUUGCUGAAUCAUACCCAAUUGCCGAAUCCUACCCAAUUGCAGAACGAGGUUAUCCAAUUGCUGAAUCAUACCCAAUUGCUGAAUCCUACCCAAUUGCAGAACGUGGUUAUCCAAUUGCUGAAUCAUACCCAAUUGCCGAAUCCUACCCAAUUGCAGAACGAGGAUAUCCAAUUGCUGAAUCAUACCCAAUUGCUGAAUCCUACCCAAUUGCAGAACGAGGAUAUCCAAUCGCUGAAUCAUAUCCAAUCGCUGAAUCCUACCCAAUUGCUUCUUAA